AUGAUUAUGCACAUUUUAGUAUUCUCCUCUUGCCACAUUCACCGAAUUGAUUCUUUUUCUAGUUAUCGCACGUUGUCGCACCUCCUCAACUCGAAAUUCCUUCAUUCCGCCAUCCGGGAGCAGGGCGGUGCUUACGGCGGUGGGAGCGGGGUGUCUCCAGGGCGCUUCGCCUUUUACUCCUACAGAGAUCCAUCUGCAGAUGCAACUCUGAAGCUAUUCGAGGAGUCGCUCGACUUCGCCCUCACGAACGACUUCACUGAACAGGCGCUAACGGAGGCCAAGCUGUCGGUGUUCCAAGAGUUGGACUGUCCUGUUUCCGCGGGCGCGCGUGGUCUGCAGGCCUUUUUGACGGGCAUCGACGACGAGAAACGCCAGGCGCACAGAGAGCUUCUCUUCGCUGUAGAUGAGGCAGCCGUUAAAAAGGCGGCCCAACAGCUAAAGCGCCAAUUGGAGCAGUCGGUUCAACUUGGUCGAGCUGUGCUCGGUCCGAAGGAGACUUCGAAGUGGAAGCAGACGAGUGACUGGAGUGUGCUUGACUUGUUGCAAAAACGCAUAAGGUCGACCUAUGAACACGUUUAUCGGGAGUUAUUUUGCAGAGGCGAGGGGAGCGACAUCACGGUGUCGGCCUUGGGUCGAGAUUGGGCCCUGCACCGGAUUUACAUCAAACAAUCACCAUUUUUUGCUGCCAUGCUUGAAGGCGGUUGGAAGGAAAGCGAAAGCAAUCGCAUUAUUCUGGAGUUAUCCGACGAAAACAUCACUCACGAAGCUCUGCAUGUGGUUUUUGGGUCAUUCUACCUGGACAGUGUAACGCUUUCUGAUCAGGUAUACCAUUUUUUUGCCCUUUACACUAAGACUGUAUUAAGUAUUCUAGCUGCUGCUACCUGGUUCCACCUUGAGGAUAUUCGGCGUUUGUGCAGUGAUUUUCUUCGACGUACUGUCAGACUGGACACACUGAUUGACUUGUACACAAUUGCUGGCAAGUACAACCUGCCUGAACUCUCUCAGACAUGUGUUAACUGGUUAUCUCAAAAGCUGCUUGUCCUUCCUGAUACCCCUGUGUUCUUCUCUUUGCUGAAACGAAUCCCGAUCCCACUAAUGCACUCCGUGGUGCGUCACCCCAAAUUAGUCGUAAUUCAACUAGAACAGGAUGUCUUCAUCUGCCUCCUCAAAGUAAGUCGACUCGUCUUGGUCAUUUGCUUCUCCCUUCUCCUAUUGGUCCCCACAACUUCACGCAAUUUUUGGCUCUACCUGCAACACCACCCAGACAAGGAGUACUGUCCCGCAGCGCAGCUACUCAAAGAAGCCUACCAGUACUACACCACAACUGAGGCGGGUUUUCUGGAAUCUCCGGACGGCGCUGCCUACGCGGCGGUGUUCCGCGGUGUUCGGUGGGAGCACGUGGUGUCCAUUUACAAAGCGACUCAACGAAUAGUGCAGGAUCGCAUCGUCCCUCGAGUCUGGCUCUUGGAGGCCUUCCAACGCCAGUGGAUGCAGCUCCUUCUUAGCCACGAGGCACAGUGUUCGACCUCCUCAACCCACCACCACCACCAUCAUGCAGGAACUCUCAGGUCGACCGCCGCCAACGCCACUUUCCUGGCAGCCUACCUCUCACCUCGUCUGAACGGCGACGCAGCCAGGCAUCAACAAACGUCAGCGUCUUCGGAUGGUCGCGAACUCCCCGGUCCUCCCUCGGAUCUUCCAGACUCGCUGUUUUGGCGUCAUUCGGAGCGGUUCGGACGCUGGAUGAGCAGUGGCGAGCACACUUGCAGCUGGCGGUGGACCGGCUAUCACUUCGGUGUGGAUAUCCUUAUCAAGUACAGACGAAGGUGGGUUACUUGCGUUGCACCCACCUCGGGCGCCAAGGCCUUCCACGUGAUCCGCUUGACAGACGCUGCCAGCGCCGAGGGCUCGGUUUGUCGCGCGCGUGAACACAGGCUGAAGAUAAGCAUGUCCGUGCUCUCCGCUCCGUCCGAGGAGACCGCCACGCCAACAGCCGACGCCGCAGCCAACUCCGACGCAAGCGCGACCGACUCGAGUGCGUCUGAGGACGCCAGCAGUGUCGGCUGUCUGGGCGACGACUGGGAGGUUUGUGGGUGGCCGGGGGGCAGUCGUGUGUGCUUCUCCGGCCUGAAGACCUUUGACAUGUUGGAGAACGCGUCCUACGAGGUCGUGCGUCUGCCUGACGACUUUGCCUUCCCCGCUGUUGUAUCGGCCAACAUUCUGCGCUACGAUCCCGUCCAGAUGCUCUCUGGACUGGUGGAUGACGACGCCGGGGCACCAGCUCUAUAA